AUGAAUAGGCUGAUGAAUCACGAACCACUUGCAGCUGGAGUUUUUAAUUCCACCUACAACGGUGCCUCAUCUCAGCUCUCAAUGUGGGACGGUCAUUUGGAUAACUCGGUGGAGGUUCUCGAGCUGAUGUGCGAACGCAUGGAAAAGGAUUGGUUGAAUCUCAACCCGAAGUUCAGGAAGAGCUACGGGUUCAAAGAGCUCGCCACUGGUUUGCGGUUGGAUAUGUUUCUUCUUCGCCACCUGGACUCUGAGUUCAGUUCGAUGUUGGAGAGUGGGGUUCCGCCCAUUGAUAUCAAUGCAGUUUCUGCUUUCAGAUCUGCGAUCAACAAGUAUGCAAAGGAGGUGUCCGAUCAGAAUUUCAAGGCAGCCGAGAAGUUGGCGCCCAAGCUGGCCGAGCAAAUGGCACAGGCAUCAUUCUCUCAGAUGCAGGCAAACCUGGACAUCAAGUACCUCACAGAUCGGUACAGCCGCGGCACGGCAAAAAUCAAGGACUACUGUGAUACGCACCAACGCUAUAUCCAGGUGAAAAGUCUUGAGGAUUGUGUGCCAGACUUUCUGGAACAAGUGCAGCGUCAAGGAAAGUUGCUGGUGGACGACGCGACCUCAGCAGCCAAGGCAAUCUGUGCGGCGUCUCCCAAUUCAGCAGGUAUCAUGGUUUCAUCACCAAUUCACAAGUCCUGGGCAUUUGCUGGCAGCGCCGCACUUCUGGGUUCGAUUGGACCCAUCAGCAGGGCGCGAGUCUGUGACCUGCAGAACAGUGAUCCCGACCGGCCUCUUUCGGCACCGCAGCGGGUACAGCAGCGAGGACUCCAGGGAUGUCAAGAGGUGAUACAAGCUGUCUUGGAGGGAGUCGCGACUGAUUCAACCCCGAAGAAGAUCUUCGUCGUUGACUUGAUGCCUAAUAGGUACAAUGAAUGGGGCAAAGCUGUAGCAGAGAUGCAGAAGCAUCACUUGCAAAGCAACGCUGGUCAUGAAUACUUCUUUACCGCGUACUAUAGUGAAGAAGAGGCAAAGGACUUGCAGAAUUUGGCUUCAGAGGUCCAAGGAGGCCUCGUCACAGCCAGAGGCUCAUUCUUUCAAUACCAGCAACCACAGCUUUCAGUUUUUUGGGCUGCGCGCUAA